AUGGUCCGUUUUGAGAAGGAGGAUGAAUAUCUGGAGGCGUUAACAGGAGGACCAUGGAGGGCUUUCGGAAGUUACCUCAUGGUGAGAGCCUGGUCACCGGAGUUCGAUCCGCUAAGAGAUGAUAUCGUUACAACACCGGUCUGGAUCAGAUUAACAAAUAUCCCAGUGAACUUUUAUCACCGAUCGAUCUUUAUUGGAAUUGCUAAGGGGUUGGGCAGGCCGAUCCGUGUGGAUCAAACUACAUUGAACUUCGAAAGGGCUCGUUUUGCGAGAAUUUGUGUGGAGGUGAAUCUAGCUAAACCUUUGAAAGGAACGGUGUUGAUUAAUGGUGAGAGAUACUUCGUAGCGUAUGAGGGACUAUCGGAGAUCUGUUCAAAGUGUGGUAUCUAUGGACACUUGGUACAUGGUUGCCCAAAAACGAUUGCGGAGCGAGUGGCAGCUUUACCAAUACAGAAGGAGAGGUCAGUAUCUGUUGAGCUAGCGUCCAAACAAGGACUACCAGAGCAGGAGGAGGGUUUUAUUAAGGCAAGGGGAUCGAGAAGAGGAGCUCCUCCGUUACUUCGGCCGGUGACUGCCAUGACAAGGGAAUCACAUGAGGAGGUUGAUAGAAAUGGCCGAGGAACAAAACAUAUUAAGGAAACGGAGAAUCUUGUGUUAUCAAACAAGUACGGAAGUCUUGGUACGGAUACGAACACAGGGGAACCGAGUGAGGAAGUGAUCUCUGGUGAGGGAGAUAAGGAGAAUCAGGAGGUAAACAUUCAGAAUGCUAAGGGUAAGGGAACCUUACAAGAGAAGAAAUCCUUAGUUUUUGGUAGCAAUGGAAGUAUUAAUUUGAAUGGAGGAAAUAAAGAGAGAGGGAAUGAAAAUAAAAAAAUAAUGGAGGGAGUAAGAGGAAGGCCCAAAAAAUCGACUAACAGGCCGGUUAGAGGAUUGGUUUUUGGGCCGACUAAGGGAGAGACUAACCUGUCGACAUCAGGAAAACGACUGAGAAUGGAGAAUAGGGAUGCAGGGAGACCUGGUGAAGUUUUCAGAGAUAGUGUGGAGGUCAGGGUUAUGCCUAAGCUUCUUCAGCUGCGAGAUGAGGGGUUAGAAAAUCCGAUGGAGAUCAUUAGAAGUGAGACAGAGAAGAAAAUGGUGGAAGAACCGACGACAGUGCAGGUGGAGGAGGUAGUGGGAUCCCUAGCAUAA